AUGGACGCAUCGCCACUAUCUAAGCAUAUGCUUUACGCUGGGAAUCUGCUGCAUGGAGGUGAGGAGCCUGCGGCCAAACUACUUCAAAUAGUGGGACUGACUCUACAGAUUGCUUUCGUCAUUCCUCUCGGCGUGAAACCAGAUCAAUGCUACAACCAAAUUACGCCGAAGGGCAUGCAUGACGAUGUGUCCUGCGCUUUCACUGGAGCGCUGCUUCUUUGCGGUGGCUGGAUAGUUGUCGUGUGGAGUUUCAUCCGAGCCGUUGCCUUCCACCUCCAGGUCUGCUGGGAGGUCAUUCUUGGUCCAAAGUUUAUGUGGGGAGCAUUCAUCUGUGGCUUCGGUAUCCCAGGCAUUGGGAUGACGGUGAUGCUGGUUUUGACUGGCGUCUCCUACCGAUUCGGCUCCUUGUGCCAUAUCAAUACCCAUUACAGCACACAGGAUUACUGGGCCCCGGUGAUGGCUUUUGCUGCAGCUGCCUUGAUCUUGCAACUGGCGACAAUGGCGUACUGCACCCACAUAUAUGUCAAGUCCGUCUUCGACAGCGACACCACAACAAAUAGUUCAGGCUUACCGUCAUACACGUCCAGCGUGCGCACUGUAACCGCCCGACAGGCGUACCGGCGCAUUAAACGAGUCCUCCAGCUGCAGUGGAGAGGCGUGGCCUUGGUCCUGAUCAUCAUUGGCAAUGUCAUUUUCUUCGCCGUCGCCUUCAUCAGCAUGAACAAUCAGCUCCAGAUGACACCAGAUACUCUGGAGAAAUCCCUGCCCUGGCUGAUGUGCCUAGUCGAAACAGAAGGCAACAAGGCGCAAUGUUCUAAGUAUCUAAAGGAGAUAGGACCUAACGAAGGGAUUUUGCUGGCCGUUUUGGUCCUCUUGUCAUUAGUUGGGCUUUGGAACUUUCUUCUCUUUGCACGACCCUCGAUCUUUCUCGGUUGGGCCGAGCUGUUCAAAAAUAAAGUCAACAAAAACCAGGAAUACAUUUCUGCCGAUGCGCGCAGCCGAUUACCCGACUCACGCACUUACGAGAUGUUGGACACCUCAGGUCUAUCGCCACUGAAGACGCCCGAACCCGUGGUGUGCUCUCCAAGCCCAGAUCGUCUUGCGGGUACCAUGAGCCCGGAGGGAAGCCAUUAUGGAGGAGAGGCGCGGUACAAGCGACCAUCGAUGAGCUUUUCAGUGCCUCGGCCGCCGGGUUCAGUCCAGGGACGAGAUUGGGAUCCGGAGGCGACGUUUGCGCCGAGCAAACACCAAUCCGAAGAAUCGUGA